AUGGAUUCUACUGAUGUGACAUACUUCAGGGGCAACGAUCUGCGCCCGGUUCGUGGCAUCAUCACUAGAAACUUGGGUCAGUCAAUGGUGGAGAUAACCGAUUUGACAGAUGCAUCUGUCCACCGACGACACAUCGACCAAAUACACUUCGGAGACGAACGAACUGUCGGUGCAUCGGAACCCCAUGAAAAAGAGAAUAGCCCCACCAAUUCUGAACUGCCUGAAUUGGGCGCUACGGUUCCCCAAUGUCAUGAUGUUGAACACGAAGAUGCAGUAGAACCUGCGGAAUCUGAAGCCUCAACCAGAGCAACACUAAGGAGAUCACAACGAAAAGCAAGUCAACUUGAUGAGGCACUGUUGAGGGAGGAAAGUUGUGGUGAUUGUGUGACGAGUACGAACGCACCGCGGUACAGUUUCCAGGUAACCAAUCAAGAAGCGGGAUAA